AAAAUAUUCGUCGUCGUCGUUGCGAUUGUCUUGUGCGUGUGCGCGCGGUGUUCGGUUCCCUUGCUCGUUUUUUUUUUGCUUUUACCUUUUGGAGCUCUGAUGUCUGACUGCGAACACGACCAUCAGGAAGAAAAAAAAUUGAUCUUGUCAAAAGAGCAGUGUGCACAGUGCAGGAAGGAACGAAAAAACGGUUUUAACAAUGGUGGAACAACAGACGGUCCUCGAAAAUUAGCUGUUGUGUAUUUUGAAUUCGUUGUGUGUACAGUGUUUUAAUGUUUUAAUCGAUAGUAACCGGAAAACAACCAGGGGAGAGAUUUUUUUUCGGCGGACCCUGGACUAUGCCAGCCGCAUCUGGAUCGGAUUAGAGUUCGAGAAAAUGCAUAUAACUUCCACCAACAACAAAAUUGGCACAAAUCACCGACAUCACCACAAUCAUCACAUCGUUGACUCAUCACCGCUAUCACAAUGCAAUCGUCGUCGGCAGUCGAAGCCCCGGAAGCAACCGCAACAGACGGCUCUGCAACCGAUCCCGAUCUAAGAUAUUCCAGUGCCAGUGCCCUUUCACCCCCGGACUCAUCCCUGGACGAUCUGGAAGAGUACGGCGAUCUUGGUGAAGACGAAGUCGAGGAAGGUGCCAUGGACGGCUCUGAAGGUAGUGGAGGUGGGGCCGUCCGAAAGCCUCACUUUCUGGACUACGACAAUAAACCACCGGCGGGGUUGGAAGAUCAAGUGGUAUUCGUAGGGCAACCUAAUCGGCGAAGACGGAACAACGGUCGAACCACGGACGAAGGAAGAGAAGAUGCGAUCUCACAAAGCGUUGUCAUCGAAAGCGAAGGGGCAGCCAGUCUGCGAGGUUUGAAGGAUGUUGGUCGUGGUACGUGGCCUUCCGCGGGGUCCUCAUCCAGCACGGGUCAGAACAGUGCCGGUAGCAUCUCCGAUGCCACUCGAUUCGAGUGCGUUUAUUCACUGUUCUCAAUGCUCGGCUCAACUAACUCGCUAGAGCGAUCUACCAAAUUAAUGCAACUGUCGAAAAAUCGGGAAACAUGCAGCGCUCUGCGCUGCUCAAUCCCACUACUGGUUCAAAUCAUUCACAACGACCCAAACGAAACGGCAAGGAAAAAUGCCCGUCAAGCCCUAAACAACGUGGUCUGUUGCCACCCGGACGACAAAGCCGGUCGCCGAGAGGUUCGCGUUAUGAAACUAAUCGAACAGCUCAUCGACUACUCCGAUCUGCUGAGAGACUACACCGAGGAAAGCCCACUGGAGGUUCGAGACGUAAUCGAAGACCCGGAAAAGCAUCCAAUCCAAUCGAUUACAACACUAAUGAAGAUCAGUUUCGACGAGGAACAUCGCCAUGCCAUGUGCCAACUCGGAGCGCUGCAAACGAUCUCCACCCUCAUCCAGCUAGACCACUCCGUUCACGGAGCGAACCCGAGUACGCCCAAGUGCGUUACCAUGCGACGAUACGCGGGAAUGAUCCUAACGAAUCUAACCUUUGGCGAUGGGAACAACAAAUCGCUGCUCUGUUCCAACAAAAGCUUUAUGCGCGCUCUGGUGGCACAGAUUCAGUCCAGCAGCGAUGAGUUGGUACAGGUUACGGCUUCCGUGCUGCGAAAUCUUUCCUGGCGUGCGGAUAGCACCAUUAAGCAAACUCUCAGCGAGAUUGGUACCGUUAAAGUCCUGACGCGAGCUGCCAUGAUCUGUUCGAUUGAAAACACACUGAAAGCGAUUUUAUCGGCUCUGUGGAACCUUUCCAAUCACUGUCCUCCGAACCGUUCGGAGUUUUGCGAGGUGGAAGGAUCGCUCGAGUUUCUGAUUGAUAUGCUUAGUUAUGAAGCUGCUAGCAAGACGAUGAGCGUUAUUGAAAAUGCUGGAGGAAUCCUACGGAACAUUUCCUCUCACAUUGCGCUGCGGGAGGACUACCGAAAGAUUUUGAGGAAGAAGAAUUGUUUGAAAAUUUUACUGGAACAGUUAAAGAGCCCUAGUUUGACCGUGGUCAGCAAUGCUUGUGGAACGUUGGGUAACUUAUCGGGAGAGAACUACGAAGAUCAACGAUUUCUGCGAGAAAACGGUGCUAUUCCGAUGCUUCGAUCAUUGAUCUACAGUAAACAUAAAAUGAUUUCCAACGGAAGUAGCAUGGCUUUAAAGAAUCUUCUCAAGCCACCGACGGUUGCCUCCCCGGCCAUGGCAGCAGCUCCCGUCAGUCUUCCGAUUGCGAUUCAACAGAAGCAGACUGUUGUUGGGGGUUCGGUUGAUGUAAAGGAAUUGCCUAGUUUGAAUGCGAGGAAGAAAAAGGCACUGGAACAGGAACUGGAAGAUAAGUUUCUUCCGAAAGGUUUGCGCGGGGAGGAGAAGGAGGUUUGUUCCGAUAGGCGAUCACCUGGUAGACAGGAUGAGGAAGGUGAACAGGAUGUAGUGAGUCACGAAGCUGUUCAUAUUCGACUGGUGUCGGAUGAUCAGCCUCAGGAGGAGGACUCUGAAAGACCGGUGAAUUACAGUUUGAAGGAAGAGGAAGUUUAUCAGGACUAUCAGGAGACUGAUAUUGAUCAAAUCACAGAUUAUUCGUUGCGUUACGCGGAGAAUCAAUCUGAAGAGUCGGAUGAUGAGAAGGUGGAAAACUAUCGGCAAUCGAAUCGAGUCAACGGCAUUCUGAUGGCAGAAGAUUCGGUUAAGUGUUACUACACGGAGGGGACGCCACAGAUCAUUUCCAGUGCAACAUCGAUGAGUGAUCUGCGGGUACAGUUGAUGGUAGGUGGGACGACGCCGGCUUCCGCAGCUAUUGCCUCUCCGAAGGAGGAGGAACCUGAGGGAGGUGAGGUUCCUAAAUUAGAACCGCUGGAGGUUACGAACGGGGGUGAACAGAUUGAUGGAACGGGUGCAUCGGCCGCUGUUGCUGAAGGUGAAAACACACCUGAUAGACCGUUCAAUUACUGCGAGGAAGGUACACCGGAUUUCAGCCGGGAUGCGUCUUUGAAUGCGUUGGAACUGAACGGAGAGAGGGAACACACCCUUUCCGCCAAACCCCCGGAAUCGGAACCACCGGAUCAAACCGUACCGACCACACCUGGCGGCGGCACCGGAAUCGGCGGCGCCCACGGCACUUGCAGUAAACAAGUUUCCUUCCUGAACACCGCCGAAGAAACUCCACUGAUGUUCUCACGUACCAGCUCGAUGGGCUCACUGGGCAGCGCGGAACCGGCGGUCGGUGCCGACGACAAAAGUUCCAUCAUCAGCGAGUUCAGCCGGCUGACGUCCGGUGUUAUGUCACCCUCGGAACUACCGGAUUCACCGACGCAAAGUAUGCCGCACUCGCCGAGACGCUGCAUGGUUGUGAAACCGGUAGAAGUGAAACAAAAUCAUCAUCAAUCGACAGACGCAAGGAAGAGCGCCUUCGAGGAUACGGUCAGUAAGUUUAACGUGGAGAAUACACCGGCGGCUUUUUCCUGUGCGACAAGUUUAAGCAAUCUCAGCAUCGACGAUAAGGAGGAUGAUGAAUCGAAGUUGGUUUCGGUUCAAGCGGCGGAAGGACCGCCGGUGCUACCGGCGGUUCCCGUUGCUUGUGGUUCUGAAGAAGGUGACGAUUCGGAUGACGAUGAUGAUGAUGAUGCAGGUGGGGAUGAUGAUCUCUUGCUGGCGUCCUGUAUCAGUAUGGGAAUGAAUAGUAGCAGAAUAGUGAGAAAUUCGGAGUAUCAGAUGGAUGGGGGUCAUCGUGAGCCGGAGGAUUCGCUGCGACGGUUCUGCACGGAGGAUACUCCAGCUAGAUUGUCGAAGGCGACCAGCAAUUGCGAUUUGAGUGUGCUGUCGAUGGAGAAUGGGCACGAAUCGGAUGAAAGUUCGAACGGAUCCGAUCGGAACGAUCGGCUGUUGGAGGAGUGUAUUCGAAGUGGUAUGCCACAACCGAAGAAUACGGAUCAGCCGAGGAAAGUUAAUGGUGUUCCGACGGUUGUCAAGGAAAAUCCAAUGAAUAUGAUGAGAAAUCCUGUCCAUAUGGAACCGUUGUAUGCUAACGAUGAAAUGAAUAAUUUUUAUGUGGAGGAUAGUCCGUGCGCCAUGUCGACGGUGUCGGCGUUGUCCGAUUUGACGGUGGCUACUGAAGCGACUGGAGAAGGAGCUCAGAAAGUGCUACGAAUCUCGACGUUGAAAGGUAAACAAUUGGAACCGUUACCUCCGCCACCAACACAACCUCUUGUUAGAGCUUCAGCUUCCAAUGGAUCACUGAGUUCGCUUUCCGUAGAUUCGGAUGAUCACUUGGUGGAUGAAGCGAUCGCAGCAGGAAUUGAUUUCUCCACCAACAAAGCCAAGAACAGUCAGUCGACAUUCCAGCAUGUACGUGAUCUACUUCCAGUGGGUAACCGAAUGACUUCGGCAGCUGCCGAUGCCAAUGAUUCACUCGAUUCCAUUGAUUCAGUUGACUCCAAUGAUCCCCAGAAUAAUUCCCUGUUGGAAGAAUGCAUCGAAAGCGGAAUGAAGAAGCUGACGGAAAAGCACAUUGAAGAAGGAUUUGAACUGCGAGCCGGUAUGAACUUUACCCAGUUGGGUAUGCGAACGGCCGCUGCUGCUGCUGCGGCAGCAGCUCCGGUUCCGGCACCGGACGAAAGUAUCCCGGACUCGGAUAGAGACUACGACCUGCUGAUGGAAUGUAUCAAGAGUGGCAUGCCCAAAGGAAGAAACAGUCAGCUGGCGAUCGAGUUGACGCAGAAUCUUCAGCGUUUAGCUAUUUCCGGUGCUGCUGCCGCCGCCAAUCCUGCGCACGUCCUGAAUCACGUUCCGUCGAAUCCAAAAAACGUGGACACUACGCCUGUGGUUACGAAGGAUGCCGGUGCCACCAACGUAAUGUCAGCAGGCGUAGUAGCAAUCACAGCAGCAGCAGACACAACAGUCGGAGGCAGCAGCUUCUCCAUCAUCAACACGUCAGCGGAUCAUCAUCCGCGAACCCAACGACAGCAGGACGUCACCGACAUCAUCAGCAGCAGCAACAGCACCAUCCCAUCCUCCACUAUCCCCACCACGGUCAGCAUCACUCCCACCAUCACCACAAGAAACGAACCAGUUCCUCAAUACCGACGGCAGCAAUUGUCUCAAUCCCAACCAGCGCGGCCGCUGCAGCCGCAGCAGCAGCAGCAACAUCAGGCGCCACCUCGGCAUCAGCCCCUGCCGCUAGUUUCUUCCACCACGCCGGUUCAGAGUGGAUUUGAGAACAUGUUGGAUCGUUCGAACGAGUUCCCGGCCGGAUUCGCCACCAGUUCGGACGCUUCCAGCUUGGGAGGGUUGCUUUCUCCGCUUGCGUCCGGUGGAGGAGCGCUGGGAGUCAGUAGCGAGAUGCAGAUUUCCAACGAAUUUAUGAUCGAGGAAAGUGUCGCGUCCGAUUGUGGUCCCCAGGAUAAACAUAAGGAUCCGGAUCUGAUGUUGAAGUCGGUCGAACGGCUCACCCAGGAGCUGGUGUCAACGGCGGAAUAUCUGCGGACGGUUUCUUCCAGUGGGGGCGGCGGUGGUGGAACGACCGGUGGCGGUAAUACCUGGGAUGAGGACGUUACCUGCUCGAAUGAUGUUUCCUUUCCGAGCCUGAGCGUGCAGGCACCGAAGAUUCAGUACUCGGUUGGGGAUGAUGAUGAUACGGCGACGAUCAGUGAUGAGGUUGACUCGAAAGCCUUGGACGCUUUGGAGGAUCAAGCUCCGGUAGCCGAAUUUGGAGGGAGCAACGAGGAGUUAUCGCGUGAUGAAAUCCGUUUCCAGUUGGGAGGACAAGUGCAGCAUCAGUCGGUGGUUGGUGGUGGUCGCCCCGGGCAAGGUUCCGACGGUUUGUCAGGAUUCAGUACCGUGUCAACGUUGACCAAUUCGACCGUCAUUGCUAUGGAAGCAACUCGGGUGGCAAAUCAGCUACAAAACAUGGCCAUCGUUGAGAGUGCCGAUGUCGAUUUGAGUAAGAUCAAUCCUCCCUUCUACGGCUCGGAGAGUAUUCUGAUUUCCGACUGCUCGGAUUCGGAUAUGACGUUUAGGAACGAUUCCCGGAAGAUUUCACUACCCAGCGGGUUUGUGGCCAAGCGGGCACUCGGUCAAACCUUCAACGAUAGUUUAAAUUCGUUGCAUAACCUGGACAGUAUUGGACCGCCAUCGCUGAUGGAUGAACUGAUGGAUUCGAUGAUCAGUGUGGCCAGUAUAACCUCGGAGGUGGUAGACAUGGACAGUGGUCAUGCGGGGACCAUUUCAGCGGCAUCGGAUCAAAACUUUUCCUCCGGAAAUUCUAGCUUGACGUUGAACAGCAGCGUCGAAAAUUUGAUUAAGUUUUCUCCUACUAUGAAUGCUGGCUUGAUCGUGGCUCCCGGAGGGAUAAGUACUCCGAUGAGUCCGAAGAGAGCCGAGCGACGGCAAGCGAUGAAGGAUCGCUAUAAGACUUAUACUAUUCCGACUGUGAACUUGGUUGAUUUGAAUCAGGCAGCGGAGGAAGCUAACGCUUCCGAUUGUCAGACUCCAACGCCUAGUCUACCAUCGACGCCCUCUCCCAAGAAAACUUCAAAGGAACGCCGACAGGAGAACAAAUCCCGCUACGAGACUCAAGUCAUCAACGCCAGCAAUCUUCCGACGGCUGAUAAUCUUCCUCGCACUCCGAUAGCCACAAUAAUCGCUACCCCGGCAGCGUUCUCUCCUUUGGUACUACAAUCGCCGGCUCCAAUGUCUCUGGAACGGGUCCUCUCGCCGGACCCCACCCUAGAUCACGCUGACGACGAUUACGAACCCAUUACCUAUACCAUUCCGGAAAGCCACAGAAGGAACUCCUAUGAACAUAAGCUUCCAACUAUCCCCGCACAGGAACCGGCUCAGACACACGUCAAAACUCCUCAGGCUAGUCCGAGCAAAGGUCCUAAUCCCGCGAAAAUUGCCGGUAAAAUUAAUCCUUCUCCCGCCCCUGUUCCGGAUUCCACCAAAGCUAUUCGAGGGACGAAGAAACCGGCGUACGUUUCCCCUUACCGACGGCAGGCGAGUUCUGCUCCACCGGUUCCUGCCCGAGCUGCUAGUGUAGGAGGAACGACUAAAAAAGAACCUCUGGCACCACUGACCACUCCGAAACUGAGAAGCCAAAGCUCACUUGUGGAAGCGAAAACGCGGCCACAACCGCUACGAGCCCGGGCUAGCAUCGGCUCAAAGCGCAAUUCGCUCGAAAUGAACGGAAAUGGAUCGGUUAGAAGUAGUAGUAGUAGUAGCAGUUCUGACAUUCCUAAGAUUCGUGAACGGCAGUCUUCCUGUGGCGUGAUUGGAGGGACCAAAGCGAAGGUAACAACGGAACCGCACCUAAUCCGCCAGGGUACCUUCACCCAGGACGAACCGACCAUCCCGGAAGUACCGAUCGUAACGUCCGCACCUUCAACACCGGCAAAAAUUCUACGCCGACCGGGAUCGAUGAUUCCGAACUCGGCAUCCUCGUCGCGCCUCUCCAACACUACCAAAACUCGUCUAAGUUUGCACAAAAGUAUCAGUAUGGACGCCAGCAAGACCGUUCCGGGUACUCCGACGCCGGGAACACCCAGCGGGGAAGGCACUCCGUUAAGCAGUCGCUUCCGACUGUCUUCGGCGCGAACGUCGCUAGUCGAUUACAAGAAACCGAACACCGGUCGGUUGAGUACUCCGAUCAGUUCUAACUCGUCGAACGAGCAGAUUGUGAACGGUGGUGGUGGUGGUGGUGGUGUCGUUACCACUCCGACCAGUCCCGGUUCGAUGAUACCGAUGCGUCGGAAGAGCGGUCUAGUACUACCCAAGCGUACGAAUCUGACGAUGAAAUCUAAUCCGGAUGUGCUGAAGGGAAAGUUGGAGGGAGUUAGGAAUGCGUUCGUACGAACGGCCGCGUUGGCGGUGAAGACUGGGACGCGAUAAAGUGUGGCGAGAGGGAUUGCCUAAGAGUAGGUAGGAUCUCUGCUUUGGACGAUUUUAAGAUUUCAACCAUGUCUUGUGCUAUUUUAAACAGUCGACCACAGUUCGCAUUAAUGCGAAGGAUAUACCCGUAUUAAAACUUGAUUUGAAGCUUGUAAAAAGUCAACAGUGCUGUCUCGAAACAACGACGCGAGCUUCGGCAAAGCUCUGAGAUAUUUGUUUUACGUUUUUCUACCCAUUAAUUUUAUUGUAUAAUUUAAAAAUCAGUAGCAGAAAAACAAUUGCUCCAACAAGGUUCCUUCAACAUGAGAUUUUUUUAUUUCGGUUCUGUAUACCCCAUCUUCAAGUUCAAGACAAACAUUUCAGUAACCUACUAGAAAAAAAACGGAUGACGAAGUGCGGAAGUGCACUCAGAAAAGAAAAACCAUUCCUUACCCCUAAAUGGGUACGGUUGCAAAACAGCUCUCGAAAUGAGAGCAGAAACCAAUCAUGAAUCGGAUUUCAACUAACCAAACUCAAAUCGGAUUAGGGAAGAAAACUUAUUACCGAUUAUUACAAUACAAUUUAAACAAGCAAAACCAAUUAUUCUAGUCCAAACAAAGAAGAAAAAGUCGCGUUCAUCGAAAGUCUUGAGCGAACAGAUGAAAAAUUUGAUGAAAUGAAAACCAGCAGUAACCGGGAAAUUCGGACAGCGAGACCGAGAACCGUUAGUAAUUAAGUUUUGUGAUUAAAAAACAAACAGAAUUAUACUACUUGACAUAAUAUGCUUAUCUUUCCGCCAAUGUAGACUUAAUAUAUAAUUCGCGCGAGUAUUUUCGCUGUCAUUAUUCUGAUUAUUAUCAUUAUUAUUGAAUAGUUCUAUUGCUUCGCAUUUGCUACUAUUUUCGUAAUCGGUUGCCGUUGAAAACUUGAAAAAAAAAUCAGUUCUGUUCUAAGCAAGUGUAUCACGUCUUUCGACGUGAUGUACUUGCACAAAAACAAGACGUAAACCGAUUGUCGCUGGUUAGAUUUUUCCACUUUUCAACCACCCCAACGAUAGCAUCAUCCUAGCUACAGAUAGCCAGUUGCUUGAGUGUGUUGAAGAUAGUUUUACCGUUUGCAUGUCACGCACCGCUUUUAUACUACUGCUGCUACUACUAGGAGUUAGGAGAGCCAUAAACGCCGUUUUACAAGGUUAAACAAGAAGCAUAAAAAAGCAGGGGAGUAAGGUUACGUUCCCGACUAAUAUUAUUAUUGUACCAACAGUAAUUUUUUUUAUUUGGCCCUUCGCAAUCAAGUUUUUCUCCCCUUUCUCCUUUUUAAUGGUUGCUUUUCCUGCGCAACGACGAUGAUUUGGAGGGGUGGGGAGAGGCGGCGGGCUAGUUUUAAUUUCCUGUUCACGAGUUCGAGUAAGUUCGGUUUUUAUUCUUGUUCCAAUCAAGGUUAUAUAGGUUUUUAUAGAGAGUCAUAUCAGAUAUUGUAGUAGUAAGGCGGCGGGGGUGCAAUGGAAUGCAAGCGCGAUUAAAAGGAUGAACACGAAGGGUAACCAAACAGUGUAAGCUAUGUUACUUGAUAUUUGUACUAAUUAUGAUGUUCUUUGGAAAAGUAGAUAUUUCGCUUACCCCUUGUAUAAUGGGGAAUUCAGAAAAAAUGUGAACAGUUUAUCUAAAAUCGAUCAGUAAGAAAAUAAAAUAUUACAUUACUCAAUUGUAUAAACCGAAA